CAGGGGUAUAAAAGCACUCAGCAUCUUCACACACCAGAACCAAAACAAGUGUCGAGUUUAGGACGAAGAAGGGGAAGACGACCAGGAAGAAGACAAGGAUUUAAGAGACACUACAGGGAUCAAGGAGACAAAGUGAUGAAACUUUUUUGACUUUUUUUUUCAAACAUAUUUUGGGAAUAUUACUGAACUCGACGAAUGCGGAUAUCUAAGUGAAGUUGGAGAGCAAACUCUGAGAAGAAAUGGCACAUCUACACCUGAGAUACCUCUUGGCUUUGGCCUUAGUUCAUGUUGUUUUGUCCUCUGGUGUGUUCGAGCUGAAGAUUCAUUCAUUCCACACGGCGCAGCGCAUCUGUAGAAGACACAGGGACUGUCACAUAUUUUUCAGGAUUUGCCUUAAACACCCGGAGGAUGUGAUCUCCGCGGAGCCGCCGUGCACCUUCGGAACCGGACACACAAACGUCAUCAGAGCCGAUCACACGUCGAUUUCUAGCAGCGCUCCCAUCAGGGUGCCUUUCCACUUCAAGUGGCCGGGAACUUUUUCGUUGAUCAUUGAAGCCUGGAACGCGGAAUCUCCAACUGAAUACACAGACAACCAAAACAACCUUGUGAGCCGCCUGGCGACCAGGAGGAGACUCGCCAUCGGUGAGGACUGGUCCCAGGACGUGCACUUCGGCGAGCAGAGCGAGCUGCGCUACUCCUACCAUGUAUUCUGCGACGAGUACUACUUUGGAGACGGCUGCGCUGACUACUGCAGGCCGAGAGACGACACGCUGGGCCACUACACCUGCGACGAGGAGGGCAACCGCAUCUGCCUGGAGGGCUGGAAGGGAAACUACUGCUCUGAGCCCAUCUGCUCGGCGGACUGCAGCGAGAAGCACGGCUACUGCGAGGCCCCAGGGGGCUGUACAUGCCGCAUGGGCUGGCAGGGCCCCUCCUGUAAUGAAUGCGUUCGCUACCCUGGCUGCCUCCACGGGACGUGCGGCCAGCCAUGGCAGUGUAACUGUCAGGAGGGAUGGGGGGGCCUCUUCUGUGACCAGGACCUCAACUACUGCACCAACCACAAGCCCUGUGCCAACGGUGCAACCUGCACCAACACGGGCCAGGGCAGCUACACCUGCACCUGCCGACCCGGCUUCGGAGGAACCAACUGUGAGCUGGAAACCAACGAGUGUGACAGCAACCCCUGCAAGAACGGAGGCAGCUGUAAUGACCUGGAGAACGACUACUCAUGCACCUGCCCGCAAGGUUUUUAUGGAAAGAACUGCGAGAUCAUCGCCAUGACGUGCGCAGAUGGUCCCUGCUUCAAUGGUGGUACCUGUGUGGAGACGAUGACCGGAGGCUACACCUGCCGUUGCCCUCCCAGCUACACCGGCUCCAACUGUGAGAAGAAGCUGGACCGCUGCAGCAAUAGGCCGUGUCUGAAUGGUGGUGAGUGUCUGGAUCUCGGCCAGAGCGUCUUGUGCCGCUGUCAGGCAGGCUUCACCGGUGCCAACUGCCAGAUCAACAUUGACGACUGCGCCUCAACCCCAUGCCAGAAUGCUGGAACCUGCCAAGAUGGCGUGAAUGACUACACCUGCUCUUGCACCUUGGGGUACACUGGCAAGAACUGCAGCGUGCGCUCAGACGCCUGUGGCGAACGUCCAUGCCAGAACGGUGGCACCUGCUUUACCCACUUCACCGGGCCUGUAUGCCAGUGCCCUAAGGGCUUCAUGGGCCCGAGCUGUGAGUUCACACUUCAGCCAAGUUUCAAGCCUGCUUUGCGCCAAACCUCCCAGCCUUCUUCUGCUACCCUCACUGUCUCCUGCAUUCUGGCUGUCCUGGUGCUGGUUCUGGUGGCGGGUAUUAUCUUCUUAAGGAGGAGGAGGAGAAUGCAGGGAAGGAAGCAGCUGAGCGACACUGCAGUCUACAAUGACUUGGAGACGGUCAACAACCUGGGAGGAAGCGAAAGAGAAGCCUUCCUCAGUCCUAAUGGCAUGUUCAAGAUCAGCAACAGCACGGCUCGCCUCAGCCUCACCCUCUGCCCCGACGGAAGAUCUGGGUACAGACACAACCCCGUGGAGGGCGGCCUGGCCAGAGGAGAGCGUCAGGACUUCAUGUGGAGGGACGAGGCCGGCCUGGGCUCUGGGGCAGGGCUGAGAUAAAGCAGGGAAGAAAACAUUCACAAAGGCGUAGAAGAAUAUUAGCACUUGUUGCUCCUCUCUCUUCAUGCACAGUGAAUAGACGAGCAAAUCCAUGAGCUGGAAAUGUCUCUGCUCAGGCUGAAGAUAGCAUACUGCUAAAAGUGUAAACACAAGAAACAGAAUAGCGACAAAUGAACUAUUGUGACGAUGAAAAUGAUUUACAAAGAUUAUUGAAAGAGUAUAUGGGGCAAAGCUCUUCCACGUUUAAGACCCAAAGAAACAAAUAAUACGAUCCACUUCUCACAGGACCUACAACACAAACCAAAUACAGGAAGUCAUUUAACUCUGACCACUUUUGGAAAACCUGCCCAAAAAUAUGUUUUACUGGGUUUUUGUUUUUAAUAUGUUCACUUUUUAAAAAAUUGUUUCUCAUUAUUUUAAACACAAAACUUUUGUUUUGCUUUUCAAUCUUCCUUUGGUCAUUAUUUCCUUAUUGUGAGUACCAUCAUUUUUUUUAUUCUUUAUAUUAUUUAUUUAUUUGAAAACUUAAGUUUAUGGCUUCACUUUGAUUGUCACAGAUGUAGAUAUAUAUUUAUAUGAUGGUGAAUGAAGACCGACGAUUGAUGUUGUACCUGGAUGUUUUAUUGGCUGUGAAGGCUGUGUGAAAUGUCCCAAAGAUAUUCAGUGCAGGGAUAUAAAGUAAAUGUGUGUUUUAUGACACAAGGACAGCCAUUACUGUAAUUUAUAUAUAUAGUUUAUAUACUAUUGAUCACACCGUUCUUUCAUGUGCCAUUUUGUGUUCAUGCCAAAGUUUGUGUUACGUUACAUGUUUUUCAUUCAUAUUAUUUAACUUCAUCGUGUUAUGAUUGUGAUGUGGAAUAAAA